AUGUCCUUCUAUCCUGGCUAUCCCUAUGCAGCACCCCUCACAACCUCAGUUGCUGCUCCAUUGACAUAUGCUCCCCCUGUCUAAUAUGCUCCUCAAUUGUCAUACGCUGCACCUGUGUAAUAUGCAAGACCUGUCACUCAAUCCGUUGUUCAACCAGUCGUCACACAACCUGUAGCUGUUCAACCAGUUUUACAAUAAUCUGUGAUCGCAUAACCAGUUGUUGCCCAACCAGUUCAACCAACAAUCAAAGGAGAAUCAAGAGUAGAGUACAGAGAGUACUAAAGACCAGUCGUUGAGAUGGAAACUGAGACUGUUCAAGUGCAAGUGCCAAAAACGAAAUAUGUCACAGAUUAUUACCCAGUCGAAUAUUAAACCGAAUACAUCCCUAGAACAGUCUAUGAACAAUAAACUGAAUAUGUCCCAGUGACUAAAACAGUCCCAAGAGUAGAAUAUGAGGCUGUCGAAAGAGAAGUGCAAAGACCUCAACCCGUUGUUGUCCAAUAGCCAGUAGUCUAAUAGGUUGUUCAAUAACCCGUUGUGUAAUAAGUUGUGCAAUAGCCAAUUCUUCAGUCUGUUGUCCAAUAACCUGUUGUCUAAUAACCAUUGUCAUAUUCUUUGGUCAGACCAGCACCCACUUAUACUGCUCCAGUUGCUUAUUCAAGUGUGGCUCCAGUGGCUGCCUACCCAAGUUAUUAUGGAGGAUACAGACCAUUCUGAGAUCAUUUUAGAUUCAGCAUAUAAUAUAAUAUAAAAUUUGUAUAUUUUCCAAUGACUUACUUGGAACAU